AUGUUUCUAAUGGUACACACUCUUGACGUUAAUAAUAGAGGCACGCCACCAUUAAAUGAAAUAUCAAAAUCAAUAAUGAAAAACAACGCCUUAGUAAUAUCAAAUACAGACCUUUCACUUAGACGUUCUAUUACAAUUGAUCCGAAGGAAACUAUGAGAAAAGAUAAAAUAAACGUCGAACAUGAUGUACUUUUUGGUAAGAUUGUUAAUACACAUCCAUACAAAUAUAUCAGUAAGCCAUCUGCUGUUUGUAAUUUUACUGUUAAUAAUGUUCAUCCAAAUUUACUGAUUUUAGUCAAAUCAGAUGUGUUUCAUAUUGGACAUCGCAUGGCUAUCCGAGCCACAUGGGGCAACUUAACAAACAGUGCAAGACACAUAGCAUUUUUAUUGGGAUAUUCAUCGCUAGUCGAAUCGUUCAUCAAGAUGGAAUUUAAUGUAUAUAAUGAUCUGAUCCAAGAGGAUUUCAUCGACCAGUAUCGAAACAAUACUUUAAAAACUAUCAUGGGAUUUAAAUGGGCUGCCUCCAACUGUAGGCAUGCUAAAUUCGUUUUAUUUGUAGAUGAUGACUAUUUUGUAAAUAUGCCAAAUCUAAUUAAUCUCAUUGAAGAUAUUGAAAAAUCUGAACAGCAAAGUGUGUUCAUUGGUCGCAUGCAAAAGUUCAGGUACGUUCACAGAAAUAAAUAUAAUAAAUGGUACGUAUCUACUGACGAAUAUCCUAACAAAAAGUGGCCUCCAUUCAUCAGCGGGGGGUCAAUGUUAUUGUCUAUGGACGUGGUUAUAAAGUUUGCACUUGCCUUUCCGUACGUAAAAUCGAUAUCUCUUGAUGAUGUGUACCUCGGAAUGGUUGCUAAAAUUCUUAAGAUAACAAUGACACAUAACGAGAGAUUUGAAACUCGAUUCAUUAUUAAAAAACUGAAGAAGUUGAUAACAAGCCACGACUAUGGCUCGCCAACUAUUCUCGUAAGCGAAUUUAAUAGAUUAUUCCAGAGGGGAAAAUAUUAG